GCCCCGGCGCCCUGCCCGCCGCCCUCACUCCUCCGCGACCCCCGCCGGCCCGGCGCCCCCGCCCGGGCUCCGCAGCCGGCGCCUCCCCGCCCCCGGCCCCGCUCCCGCCCUCCGCCGCGCCGCUCGCAGCCGCAGCCCCCGGACCGGGAGGAUAUGAGCGAGCCAUGAGGCUGCUGCGGCGCUGGGCGUUCGCGGCUCUGCCGCUGCUGCUGCCGCUGCUCCCCCCGCCCGGUCUUGGGGCCCGGGGUCCUGCUGGAGCUCUGCGAUGGGGAGGCUCACCCCAGGUGGAGGGUCCAGAAGUCCCCGAGGUCACAGAACCCAGCCGUCUGAUGAGGGAGAGCUCCGGGGGAGAGGUCCGAAAGCAGCAGCUGGACACCAGGGUCCGCCAGGAGCCACCAGGGGGCCCGCCUGUCCAUCUGGCCCAGGUGAGCUUCAUCAUCCCAGCCUUCAACGCAAACUUCACCCUGGACCUGGAGCUGAACCAUCACCUGCUCUCCUCGCAAUACGUGGAGCGUCACUUCAGCCGGGAAGGGCCAACCCAGCACAGCACUGGGGCUGGAGACCACUGCUACUACCAGGGCAAGCUGCGGGGGAACCCGCACUCCUUUGCCGCCCUCUCCACCUGCCAGGGGCUGCAUGGGGUCUUCUCUGAUGGGAACUUGACUUAUAUCGUGGAGCCCCAAGAGAUGGCUGGGCCUUGGGGAGCCCCCCAGGGACCCCUUCCCCACCUCAUUUACCGGACCCCUCUCCUCCCAGCCCCCCUCGGAUGCAGGGAACCAGGCUGCCUCUCUGCUGCCCCUGCCCAGUCUGCUCCUCCAGACCGGCCAAGGCUGAGAAGGAAAAGGCAGGUCCGCCGGGGCCACCCUACAGUGCACAGUGAGACCAAGUACGUGGAGCUGAUCGUGAUCAAUGACCACCAGCUGUUCGAGCAGAUGCGACAGUCGGUGGUCCUCACCAGCAACUUUGCCAAGUCCGUGGUGAACCUGGCCGAUGUGAUGUAUAAGGAGCAGCUCAACACCCGCAUCGUGCUGGUUGCCAUGGAAACGUGGGCAGAUGGGGACAAGAUCCAGGUGCAGGACGACCUCUUGGAGACCCUGGCCCGGCUCAUGGUCUACCGGCGGGAGGGUCUGCCUGAGCCCAGCGAUGCCACCCACCUCUUCUCGGGCAGGACUUUCCAGAGCACCAGCAGUGGAGCAGCCUACGUGGGAGGCAUCUGCUCGCUAUCCCGGGGCGGGGGUGUGAAUGAGUAUGGCAACAUGGGGGCCAUGGCAGUGACCCUGGCCCAGACGCUGGGGCAGAACCUGGGCAUGAUGUGGAACAAACACCGGAGCUCAGCAGGGGACUGCAAGUGUCCAGACAUCUGGCUGGGUUGCAUCAUGGAGGACACUGGGUUCUACCUGCCCCGCAAGUUCUCGCGCUGCAGCAUCGACGAGUACAACCAGUUUCUGCAGGAGGGCGGCGGGAGCUGCCUCUUCAACAAGCCCCUCAAGCUCCUGGACCCCCCUGAGUGCGGGAACGGCUUCGUGGAGGCGGGGGAGGAGUGCGACUGCGGCUCGGUGCAGGAGUGCAGCCGCGCGGGUGGCAACUGCUGCAAGAAAUGCACCCUGACUCACGACGCCAUGUGCAGCGACGGGCUCUGCUGUCGCCGCUGCAAGUACGAGCCGCGGGGUGUGUCCUGCCGAGAGGCCGUGAACGAGUGCGACAUCGCAGAGACCUGCACAGGGGACUCGAGCCAGUGUCCCCCUAACCUGCACAAGCUGGACGGUUACUACUGUGACCAUGAGCAGGGCCGCUGCUAUGGAGGUCGCUGCAAAACCCGGGACCGGCAGUGCCAGGCCCUUUGGGGCCAUGCGGCUGCUGAUCGCUUCUGUUAUGAGAAGCUGAACGUGGAGGGGACAGAGCGUGGGAACUGUGGGCGCAAGGGAUCAGGCUGGGUCCAGUGCAAUAAGCAGGACGUGCUCUGUGGCUUUCUCCUCUGCGUCAACAUCUCUGGAGCUCCUCGGCUGGGGGACCUGGGGGGAGACAUCAGCAGUGUCACCUUCUACCACCAGGGCAAGGAGCUGGACUGCAGGGGGGGCCACGUGCAGCUGGCCGACGGUUCUGACCUGAGCUAUGUGGAGGAUGGUACAGCCUGCGGGCCCAACAUGCUGUGCCUGGACCAUCGCUGCCUGCCAGCCUCUGCCUUCAACUUCAGCACCUGCCCCGGAAGCGGGGAGCGCCGGAUCUGCUCCCACCACGGGGUCUGCAGCAACGAAGGGAAGUGCAUCUGCCAGCCAGAUUGGACGGGCAAAGACUGCAGCAUCCACAACCCCCUGCCCACAUCUCCACCCACGGGGGAGACGGAAAGAUACAAGGGUCCUAGCGGCACCAACAUCAUCAUUGGCUCCAUCGCUGGGGCUGUCCUGGUUGCAGCCAUCGUCCUGGGAGGCACGGGCUGGGGAUUUAAAAACAUCCGCCGAGGAAGGUACGACCCGACCCAGCAGGGGGCAGUGUGACGCCGGCCACGUCAUCCCUCCCGCUGUCUUUGUCUCCUCCAUCUCAUUCGUCACCCCGCGAUCUGUUGAUGGGGAGCUGGGGGCUGAUCCCCCAGCCCUGCUGCCUCCUCUCACGCCAGGGGUGGGAGAACCUCGCUCUGGGAAGGAAGUCCUCAGCCCUCAGCCCGCACCCGCCCUUCCUCUCAGGCCACGCUCCAUCCACUGCUGCCUUUCCUAUGGCCUGGCACCCUGGCCAUGUGGCCCCUGGAGCUGUGCCCCGCAGUCCCCAUCCCCUGGGGAGGGAGCCUCCCUCUGCAUCCCAUCUGUUUUGUCUUCCAUGUCGCCACUGUCUGACCUUCCACCAGAUCCCCUCCCUGGCCAGCCUGUGACUUGCUGCCUCCAGGGCCCAGCACUGACCCCCCGGGGGCCCUGCUGGAGGGCUCUUCCUCUGGCCCUGCCUCGUGUGUCCUCCUCUGAUGCCCCCUCUCCCUUCCAGAUCCGGAGGGGCCUAAGUGCCACGCCCUCCCUCCAAGCCUGGCACCCACCGUCUCAGCCCUGACCCACGAGGCUGCCCCCGUCCAGCCACGGAGGGAGGCGCCAAGCAAAUGUCUUCCAGGUCCAAACCCUUCAACUCCUGCUCCACAGGGGUUUGGGUGGGGGCUGCGGCCCUGCCCUUCACACCACCAGGGUGGACCGAGCCUGGAGGGCACUCCCUCCCUGGUCCCCCACCCACCUCAUGCGGCUCUGGCCUUGCACACCUACUCUCCCUGUGUGAAUGUAGCUUCCAUCAUCACAGAUUGCCACACUCAAGCUGGGGGGCCUGGAGGAACGCCCCCAGGCAGCCACCAGCAGACACGGCCUGGGAUGGCCCCUCCUCAAAACCAGGCAGCUGGACCAGGGUCCUUGCUCUCUGGGACCCAGGGGGAAGGGGCUGAUAUCCACAUUUUUUUAACUGAAUCUUAACUGAUGAAUGUAACCUUGGGGGUGCUGGGGCCAGGACAGUUGUGGGGAUGUUGUGACAUUUGCAGGAGGGCCCAGAGAUGCUGAGAUGUGGCCAUCCCCUGGGUGCCCUGCCCCCUGCCCCGGGAUGACCACACCUGGAGUCCUGUCACUAAGCACAGGCAGGGGCUGGGUGUCCCCACUUGCUCCUUCCACCCAGCCCCACUGAGCCCAGAGGAGGUGCGAGUGCUGAUUCAAACCAAAGCUGCCUGUGCCGUGCCCAAGGCCUAGGUUAUGGGCACAGCAACCACGUCCCAGAUUGUCUUCAAUUCCAAAAUGACUGUCCUGCUGUCCCUGCCAGGACGCAUGUAUUUGGGGCGGGGGAGUCUAGAAAAUAUAGUCCCUGAAAUACAAUGGCACCUUCCCUCUUUCAAGAAGGGUGAUUCUGGGGCUGACUCAGGGUUGGGCCAUCUUUCCAGGGAGGACUCUCCCAGGUAGAGAAGGCCAAAGGUGGCCCAGUGCCUGGAGGGUUAAGGGCUCUGCCUGGGAUGUGCAAGAGGAGGUAGGAAAGGGCAGGUCUCCUAGGCUUCUAGAAAAGUCCUCAAGGCCCCAUCAAACCCAUUCCACUCCCUACCCCCAUUCCAGGGCCGAGUAGUAAGUUUACAGAUGUUUCCCACAUUAUGUUGUCCUCUGGUCCCUGCUCUAGCCGAGCCUGAGAGACAGGCCAGGCUGGCAGAAUCCCUCAGUCCUCUCACGGAAAGUCGUGCCCAUGGCCUUCCCUCAUGACCUGUGCUUGGGAUGGAGGAGCUCUGGCUCCUUGACCCUACAAGCUAGCUGGCAGGAGCCAGAUGGGGGACCAGCUACCUUAUGGAUGAAAGCCACAAAUGGAUGUCCCCAGGGAUACCCCGCUGAGACUCAGCAGGGGGUUCUGAACACCCCAGGGCCUUGGAGCUGCCUGUUUGAGUCGCUUUGUUUCAGGGGCAUUUUUGAGGAGUGUUAUGGAGGAAAUGGCUCCCUGUUUAUCCACAUCACCCUCAGGGUCAGGCUGGGGCCUGGGACCCACUGGUCCUUCUUGGUGGCUGGAUGCACCCAGCAACAGUGGGCCUCUCCCUGAGCUCCAGGUGGCACUGCCCAAGUGAGGGCUGCACCAGCCCCACGUGCUGAGAGGGGCAGGGGCUGGGUUUUGCACUACUGCUGCAAUACCUUAAAGCAUCCAUCCUUUGGUGGUACAUAUGUGCACAGGUGGUAGUGCAUCUAGGGACAAGCAUUUGAAUCCACGACCGCACAGUGUGAGCACCUGUGUGCACGUGGGUGUGUCUGUGUGUGCCUGCAUAUGUGGGGGUGGGGACGUGGAGGACGUAAGACUUCCUGUGACCAGACCACCCUGGCUUCCAGCUGUCUGCAUCCUCCUGCCCUGCCCUGGCAAGUGCCUGCCUUGGUGGUGCCCAAGGAGGGGGGCUGCAUCGCCUGGGCUGGGCCUGGCUCCAACGGCAUCCUGUAUGUACAUAGUCAUCUGGGCUUAGGGGGUGGGGAGGCAGGUCCAGGAGCAUCAAUUAAAGAUCACAUCCUGGGGCUUCCACGGAGCUCACACCA